AUGAACAGUUUUGGAUUUAUAACAUCUUUGGCGGUGGUUUGUUUGGCUAAGGUUGAAGCAAUACCAUGUGGUGGUUGUCCAUCACCUUGCUACGCACCACCACUACCUCUUCCAUAUCUUCCACCCCCAUGUCUUCCAGCCCCUGCACUACCACCACCAUGUCUUCCUGCCCCAGCACUUCCACCUUCAUAUCUUCCAGCCGCCCUACCUUUACCAUCCCCAUAUCUUCCAGCCCCACCUCAACCGCCGUGCAUACCUUCUCCACCCAUUAGUCCAGCUGUUCUAGCCUCUUUAUUAGCUACUCUUAAAGCAGCGGCACCUUAUUCACCCCUUACCACACUCCCUGUCGCACCUCCACUGAAACCCAUCAGUGGUCCGGCCCCGACCGUAGCUACAACUCUGUCGGUUCCCGCACCUGCACCUCAGGUCAUAGCUCCGGGACCAGCACCCGGUCCAUUGAUAGUCCAAUUGCCGUCAGUAGCUGGAAAGUCAGCUCCAAUCGUCGUUCCCGCCGGUCCAGCCGCUAAUCUGCUCGUCAAACUGACUCAAAGUCCGGCUCCCGCACCCAUCAUACUUCCAGGAGCAGCACCUGGCCCUAUCGUUAUCAACGACGGAAAUGUAAUUAAGGAACAGUCCAUCACAUAUGCACCAGCUCCCGAUCCAAACAAAAUAUUCUUCGCAUUACCACCACCAUUGCCGACUCCACCUGUCGUGUUACCACCCGCUCCGUUACCAAAAGUGUUCUUCAAUCCCGGUUUGUAUGUUCAAAAACCUGAUAUCGUUUACCAAACCCCAGUUGGUCUACCCCAAUUGUUUUUGAUUCCGUCGCCGUAUCCAUGUCCAGUACCGUGCUACCCACCACCCGGUCCAUGCAAUCAACCACCAGUCCUAGCUAAGAUACCUUGCGCCUGUUAA